AUGCAGUUACCGCUUCUUAUCCUUGCCCCUUCUCUGGUGGCUGCCGCCGUCCCUGCCAUCUUUGCCCGAGGCUGCGGUGACAACUGUGCCCGAGCCGUCAUUGCAUCGGCAUACACUACCCGCAGCGGUGCCGCUGACUGCUUCUCGUUUCUGAAGACGACCGUGACCCCGGCAACUUCGAUCAUCGUAGAGACAGUCACUCUGAGCUUCACAGUUCAGGCCACGGAAAGCGUCACCUCGACGACGCUGACCACGACCACCGUGGUUGAGACCAGCUUCGAAACCGUCCGCGAGGUGCGAGAUAUUUCUCUUCCUACAACCACCGUCUCGACCACCAAGGCCGAGCCCGUCCCGAUCAACAAGCGCCAGCAGACGUCGCAGCCCUCGAACAUCCCGGCGUACGCCUCCGCCUGCAGCGGAGCCGCGCGGUACUCGACCGCCUGCGCGUGUGUCGGCGUUUUCCCGACGACCAUCACGGCGCCCACGCCGCGGAGCACCCAGACCGUCUACGUCUCCGUGUCGUCGACCGUCACGGAGACACUCACGGCGAGCACCGAGAUCGACGUCCUGACCGCCACGAACACUGUCCAAGCGACGGCCACGCUCAAGUAUGGGGCCCCCCUUCCUCUACAGACACCGCGACUUGCUCGGAAAUCUGAAACCGCCACCGCCACCGCCACGGUCCACGAGACGCGCGUCCGGCUCCGUGCCCAGACCGGACCCCACGCGGGCAAGUAUGUCAUGCAGCAAGUCUACUACGACACCCCCGAGAACUACCAUAGCGUCGCUAUCCUCAUGACCGUACCCGAGGCCGAGGCGACGUGGUUCGUCUGGGACGGCCAGCACCUGUACAUCGACACCCCGACCGCCGGGCGGCUCCCGGUCAAGGUCUUCAACCAGCAGGGCGGUCCCGUCUCGGGCCUGGUGAUGUCCAGCCAGAAGUAUCUAGACGAUCUUGCUUUCAUCCUCCCGUCGACGAUCCUGCCCUGCGACAUCAGCAAUCACCGCCUCCACUGCUGGAUUCCCCUGUACCCGACGUCAGACAGGUUCUUCCAGCACAUCCCGAACGGCGACCUGGUCCUUGUGUCUCGGCCCGACGCAGACAAUCAGCCGCAGUGGGCGGUGGACGAGAUACUGGUCAUCGAGGAGUCGACCACCACCUGA